AUGCGUGCAUCAUUAAGCAAGUCUGAUAAUGCAUUAAGCAGUCUUACAAGUGUUCUCAACAGUCGAUUCAAGCGCCAUCAUAGUAUCGAUGAUGAUUAUCCUGUAAUCUCAUCAUCGUCAUCGUCAAAUGACGACAGAAAACUUUAUAUCGAUUCUCAAACUGAUCAUCGCGUGCCGUUAGUGUCUAAUGAAACGAAUAAUCAACAAAUCGUAUUUGAGAAAUCUGUAUUCUCAUCUGAACUGGUGAAAGUUGUCGAAUGGUUUAAUCAACUCAAUGAUCGACAAAAAGAAACAUUGCUUAGGGAAUUAGUUAAUUCCUGUUCCAGCCCACAGUGGCACCUCCUAUCACUUUUAACAGCUGAUAAUUGGCAUCGAGAUUGUCCAUCGGACUGUUCAGAUCCUCUGGCACAAUUACCAUUUGAUAUAUCGUUUCACAUUCUUUCCUUACUCGAUCCAGUAUCCGUAUCGCAAUGCUCUCGUGUAAAUAAAUUGUGGUAUUAUUUAUGUUCUCAUCCCGAAUUAUGGCGAAAACUAGCACAACAAAAGAAGUGGGCGUUUUCGUCACAUUUACUCGAUCAACAACAAAUUCAAGCUUAUACAAAUGAACAGAAACAACCACAGUGGAAACAAAUCUUUAUCGAACGAUAUCGACUUCGUUCCCGUUGGCUAAACGGACGAUGUGAUGUGAAAACAUUUCAUGGUCAUGUGGAAGGUUAUCAUAAUCAUUUACUUGACAAACUUUUAUCUAACUCGACUCGUAUCUCUUCAGGAGUAUCUUGUGUUCAGUUUGAUAGCCAAACAAUCAUCAGCGGCUGUACCGAUGGUACAAUAAAAGUAUGGAAUAUGAAUACUACAGAUGAGAUUAUAACAUUAGUUGGUCACUCACGCAGUGUCAGAUGUUUACAUGUUGAUGGAACGAAUGAAGUACGAUUAGUUAGUGGUUCAAAUGAUCGUAGUAUCAAAGUAUGGAGUAUAGCUAUUAAUCAAACAUGGUCAAAAUGUGCGUGUAAAUUGACGUUACUCGGCCACACGGAUACCGUUCGCUGUCUGGUUGUUCGCGACGAUAUUUGUGUCAGUGGCAGUCACGAUAAUUCGGUCAAAAUUUGGAAUUUAUCCAAUGGUCUAUGUCUUCGAACUUUAGUUGAUCAUACAGAUAAAGUACUUUGUGUUCAAUUUAAUUGGGAGUACAUUGUCUCAGGAUCAACAGAUAAGACGAUUAAAAUCUGGCGUUAUACAGACGGUAUAUGUUUACGCACGUUAUCAGCUCAUAACGGUUCUGUCACAUGUCUGUACUUUGAUCAACAGCAAGAUCUGAUUGUGUCUGGUAGUUUGGAUUAUGACAUACGUUUUUGGCAUUUGUCAACAGGUGAAUGUUGUCAGAAAAUUGAUUGGAUAUCCAAAGAAGGUCAUCGUGGUGUCAUACGAGCAUUAAAAGCAGACAGUUGGCGUGUGGUUACUGGUGCAGAUGAUAAAACCAUCAAGGUUUGGGAUAUUCGAACGGGCGUUCGAUUAUGUACACUAAAAAAUCAUACGGAUGGUGUCACAUGUCUUUCUUUUAAUGAUUAUAUGAUCGUUUCGGGUUCAUUUGACGGUAGUGUUAAACUAUGGAACUUUCGGCCGUAA